GGCUUUGGCAUCGGAGCUCUCGCGACACGUCUGGCCGGCGCUCUUUCGCUGUUCUUUUUCCCCAUCACUUCUAUUUUUUUCGCCGCAGCUUUCGGAGCCACAGAGCGCAACACCUAUGAGUGUUUCGCUGGUAGUGAUCCGACUGGAGCUAGCCGAGAGUUCUCAGUUUCCAGGAGAUUUCCAGUACUGCGCUGAGGACAUGUCAGAUGAUGAAAUCGGGGAGAAGGCUCUCAGUGCAGCCAGAGGUUGUCUGGAUGGGAAGUCCACCACGGAGAAAGCAGCGAUUUUGCACCAGCACAUUGGCAGCAGGGCCAUGUCCGACAUGGUCAUUGAAACCUUCAGCCCCGCUCAUGGUAACUCCUCAGAGAAGAAAAAUGGCAAAACCUCUGCCCUUCCUCAGGACAGUGAGAGCGGCCCCGGCGGGACAUCGGGCGACGCCGAGAGCCCAGGUGCCAAGGAGUCCCAGGGGGCCGUUCUCGACUCCCCUUCCAAAGAGCUUCCAGACCAGAUUUCGUUCUUCAGUGGUAACCCUUCUGUGGAAAUCGUACACGGAAUUAUGCACCUUUACAAAACCAACAAAAUGACUUCGCUGACCGAAGAUGUGCGCCGAAGUGCUAUGCUGUGCAUCCUCACUGUGCCUGCCACCAUGACGAGCCACGACCUCAUGAAGUUUGUGGCCCCCUUCAAUGACGUCAUGGAACACAUGAAGAUCAUCCGGGACUCGACUCCUAACCAGUACAUGGUUCUUGUCAAGUUUAGCUCUCAGGCUGAUGCUGAUAGCUUCUAUGCCACUUGCAAUGGCCGACAGUUCAAUUCCAUCGAAGAGGCGGUGUGCCAGCUGGUCUAUGUGGAGAGGGCAGAGGUCAUCAAAUCUGAGGAGGGUGCAAGUCUACCAGUGAUGGAUCUGACUGAGCUUCCGAAAUGCACCGUGUGCCUGGAGAGGAUGGACGAAUCGGUGAAUGGCGUAUUAACCACCCUCUGCAAUCAUAGUUUCCAUAGUCAAUGUCUUCAGCGCUGGGAAGAUGCCACGUGCCCUGUAUGUAGAUACUGUCAGACGCCGGAGCCAGUGGAAGAAAAUAAAUGUUUUGAAUGUGGUGUACAAGAGAACCUAUGGAUCUGCUUGAUCUGCGGACACAUUGGGUGUGGCCGAUAUGUCAGCCGUCAUGCCUACAAGCACUUUGAGGAGACCCAGCACACCUAUGCCAUGCAGCUGACCAACCACCGAGUCUGGGACUAUGCUGGAGAUAACUAUGUCCAUCGUUUGGUUGCCAGCAAAACUGAUGGAAAAAUUGUGCAGUAUGAAUGUGAGGGAGACACUUGCCAGGAUGAGAAAAUAGACGCCCUGCAACUGGAGUAUUCAUACCUACUGACCAGUCAGCUGGAGUCACAGCGUGUCUACUGGGAAAAUAAAAUUGUUCAUUUGGAAAAAGAUACGGCAGAAGAAAUAAAUAACAUGAAGACCAAAUUUAAGGAGACUAUUGAGAAAUGUGACAGCCUGGAACAGAAGCUGAACGAAUUAGUUAAAGAGAAGCAGUCUCUGGAGAAGAAGUGCACACAACUGAAUGCCAAAGUAGCCAAGCUGGGUGUGGAACUGAGAGAAGAACAAGAGAUGAACAAAUGUCUGCGUGCAAACCAGAGCCAGCUGCAGAUGCGGCUCAAGGAGGAGGAGCGGCGUUUACGUGAGACGUGCGAGCAGAAGGACACGAAGAUCAUGGAGCUGCAGGAGGAGCUACGGGACGUUAUGUUCUACCUGCAGACCCAGCAGCAGAUCGACCAGAUGCCGGCCGACACCAGACAAGAGAUUCAGGAGGGCCAGAUCAACAUUGCGGUCGCCGCCUCGUCUACCUCGGUCACGCCGGGGGGCAACAGCAAACUGUCCGCACGGAAGGGACGAGGGAAGAGGGGCAAAUGAGUUUCUGUGAGAGGAUGCUCGUCCUCCUCCUCCUCAAUCUGCCUUUACGCACAAGUCAGCUGUGACCCGCUUGGCAUCCUCUACCAAAUAGCAUCGCCCCAGACUUGCCAGCCUCGGCACAAAGGGCGUGAGUACCUAAAUUUGCACAUCGGCCGCGGCGUGCCGUCUGACGCUCACAAAUGCUGCUUCUGAACAGUAUUCUGUAUCGACGGAGUCGGCCUACUCAUCGUUUCUUGUGUAAUUAACCUGAGGUAAAGGAAACCACUCUCGCAACACUAAUGGUGGUUUGUGUGUUUGCACACCUCUGUUCCCAGUAACAGCUUAUGGUCUGUCCUAGGACGUUUUGAAGCUCUGCCCCUCACUGUCCACCUCCACAUCAGCUUGUUUUGGGUUUUUGUCCAAUGAAAUCUUCCCCGUCUCAACUGCCAAAGCCUUUAAAUAAUGCUAGCCGGUCAGACAAGUCUUUACUUUGUGUCACACCUUGUACAGUGAGCCUCACCGCGGAGCUCUUUAAUGGUGGUACAUCUCAUCUUCUCAGUGUCAGUGCAUGACCUGGCAGAUAGGACAGUGGCCCACCACGAGGCACACCCCGUCCACAUACCCACAGUCAAAGGAGAAUAACCUGCCUCCUUUUGGGAUGUGGGUGAAAAUUUAGAAACUCCUUACAAAAUCAUGCGGAUGAGGGAGGAAAGUAUAAAGUCCCCCGAUAACAGCAACUGGCCGGCGUCAAACCCAAGGUGUACCACCUUGGAGAUAGACACUACAUUGCAGAAAGUCAUUACAAAUGCAGAGUGAUACCCGGAACCAAGCUUUGUCACCUUCUGUGCUCGGGGGAGACAAGAUGGUGGAGGAAUUGGACUGGGGAGCACAAGAUCCCACAUUUCAGUUCCUGCCAUUUGUGCGAAAGGUAAGGUGUUUGGAGCCUGUUCUCUCUAUGUAGAGGGUGUUGAGAGAAAAUAAAAAAUUGUUUUCCCAGUUUAAGGUUUCUUCCAGAAUGUGAAUAUGGCAUCCUUUAAUUUAAUUUAUUUAUUUCAGUCUUCUUCCUACUCAUAAAUUUGCACAUUUUGUGCUUCACGGGUUCAAUUAUGUUUUUGAGACAUCUGCUUUAGCUUUAUGUUGACGUCGCGUCACGACAAUCUCUCUGACAAAUGUGCGCUGUUUGUUCAUGUGUAGAAUGUUACGCAAUAAAAGGAGAGGUGUUUUACUUAA